AUAAGAGGUCAGAGAGUCCAUUCCAGGUCAGAGGAAAGCUUGCCGGGAGAACAAUUGCAAGUCUUUCUUCUCCUCAUGUUCUCAGUUUGUUCAUCUCUGUGACACCACCCGCCAUCAUGAGAACAGCCACCAGCAGCGACAGCGUGAUAAAAUUUUCACUCCUUGACAAGUGUGAGAAGCCCAAAAACUAUGCCCAGCCAGAAGUUUUGUGUCACACCUUCGAGGCACUGUCUAACCUCCACAAGCUGCUUCCUAAUCACCUGAUGGAGACGCUUUAUUCCUACAAGAGUGAAGAGGACAAGAAAAAAUGUGAGAAUCCUGAACUCUCUGGCUUAGAAAGAAUCUUAGCAAGACAUCAGUUGCCAAAAGAGAUUAAUCUGACCCCAAAGCCGAACAGAAUGCCCCCGUGGAAAAGAAAAAUCGUCAACAAUGUAACUGAUGCGUGGAAGAAAUGCCACUUGUUGAAGAGAAACAUGAAAGAGCCCCCCAUGUCCACCAUAGUUGUCAGAUGGCUGAAAAAGAACAUGCAACCCACUGAAGACCUCAAGUCAGUGAUCUGUAGGCUGUCAGCAUUUGGCCCAAUUCAGUCAGUCACUGUUUGUGGACGUCAAAGUGCUAUAGUGACAUUCAAAGACAUGACUUCAGCCUGUAAUGCUGUGAGUGCUUUUCAAAGUAGGAUCCCAGGCAACAUGUUCCAGUGUUCCUGGCAACAACAAUUCAUGUCAAAAGAUAAAACUUAUUCAAAAAAAUGUACCCAGAAGACACAGCCAAAGGAAUAUAAGCAGGAAACUGAGAAAACUGCCAACAGCAGCUAAAGGGACACAAACAGAUUCAUCCAGGACAUCCAUUUGAACGGCAGUGGAUGAAAAACCAAGCAGUGAGACCUACGCAUCAAUCCUGGGUCAAAUCUUGUAUUCUUGGCAGUAAGUUUGGGCUGGAAACCAGCCGCAGUUUUAGAGAUUAGGGUGGGUAACUGAGCAUACACUGGAAUAUCAUAGCAAGUGGGGAUUACAGAUGUGGCAGGAAUAAAGCCUUCAUGACCUUUUCCCGUGCUUUAUAAGGUUCCUCCAAGUCUCCUACUUUCAGCAUUCAUGGCAACGGUCCGUUCCUCUGGCUGGAUGAGAAUUUGCUAAAUUCCUCUGUUUCAAAGCAAGAUAAUUUUGUUUACAACUAUAGCUAACUUUUAUGUUUUCCAGUCAAAUCUCAUGAGACCAGCAGGAUGAAAAGGUAACAGAGGUCAAAGAGAGAGAAUGAAUGCCCACCUAUGGAUGCAGGCAGUUUGGAGAAAUACGCUUGUCCAAAGUCACAAUUAAUUGGAUCGACACAGAGAAGUAGAUAUUUCACUUCUGCUCAACUAUAUUCCACUUUGAUGACUAAGAGUGGGCCCUCUGGGAUCAGACAAAUGUCAAUUACUCUUACCUC